AUGGGCAUGGCAUUCAUGGUGGCGCAUGGCAUUCAUGGUGGCGCAUGGCAUUCAUGGUGGCGCAUGGCAUUCAUGGUGGCGCAUGGCAUUCAUGGUGGCGCAUGGCAUUCAUGGUGGCGCCUGGCAUUCAUGGUGGCGCAUGGCAUGGUGGCGAUUGGCAUGGUGGCGCAUGGCAUGGUGGCGCUUGGCAUGGUGGCGCUUGGCAUGGUGGCGCUUGGCAUGGUGGCGCUUGGCAUGGUGGCGCAUGGCAUGGUGGCGCAUGGCAUGGUGGCGCAUGGAAUGGUGGCGCUUGGCAUGGUGGCGCUUGGCAUGGUGGCGCUUGGCAUGGUGGAGCAUGGCAUGGUGGCGCAUGGAAUGGUGGCGCUUGGCAUGGUGCCGCUUGGCAUGGUGGCGCUUGGCAUGGUGGCGCUUGGCAUGGUGGCGCUUGGCAUGGUGGCGCUUGGCAUGGUGGCACUUGGCAUGGUGGCGCUUGGCAUGGUGGCGCUUGGCAUGGUGGCGCUUGGCAUGGGGCACCACUACCAUUGCAGCCAUCUUGAGUGUGGUGACAAGACUGUGCCCAAGAACAACCUUUUGCACCAUUCUCCGCUCUCAUGGAUGAUCACCCCUCCUUUCCUCUCAUGGAUGAUCACCCCUCCUUUCCUCUCAUGGAUGAUCACCCCUCCUUUCCUCUCAUGGAUGAUCACCCCUCCUUUCCUCUCAUGGAUGAUCACCCCUCCUUUCCUCUCAUGGAUGAUCACCCCUCCUUUCCUCUCAUGGAUGAUCACCCCUCCUUUCCUCUCAUGGAUGAUCACCCCUCCUUUCCUCUCAUGGAUGAUCACCCCUCCUUUCCUCUCAUGGAUGAUCACCCCUCCUUUCCUCUCAUGGAUGAUCACCCCUCCUUUCCUCUCAUGGAUGAUCACCCCUCCUUUCCUCUCAUGGAUGAUCACCCCUCCUUUCCUCUCAUGGAUGAUCACCCCUCCUUUCCUCUCAUGGAUGAUCACCCCUCCUUUCCUCUCAUGGAUGAUCACCCCUCCUUUCCUCUCAUGGAUGAUCACCCCUCCUUUCCUCUCAUGGAUGAUCACCCCUCCUUUCCUCGCACGUACAGCAACAACCCGGCCUCACCUCACCUGCCGCGAGUAA